GUGGUCUUAGUCAAGCUAUGUAUCACUUGAUGGGAAUCUACAUUGUCGGAUUCAUAAGCGCCCUCUCCGGAGCGAUCCUUUAUUUCUUGUACAUUCUGUUAGCUCAAAAAUCUCCAUCUCUUCAACACUUUUCCUUAAUCUGUCUUUCUGGGGCAUUCCAUUGGCUUCCUUUCACUAUCAUUGCUUACAUGACCAUUAUUUCUACUACCUCUUCAAGUCCAAUAAUCUUUGCUAUCUCAGUUGCAACCGCCUACUUGGCUCAUGGAUUGACCCUGAGCUUCCUUACCAUCCUUGUCAACAAUUUUCUCUCAAAAAGCACAGAUGAUUCACUAAGAAUAUGGCUGAAACAUAGAAUUAACAUUGCCGGUCAUCUCAGAUUUGCUAAACUCCUUUCUGGAACUGAAGCUUUCUGCAUGUACUUAAGGACCUUGGGUGCAAAAGUUGGAAAACAUUGCUCCAUUCGUGCCAUCAACCCGGUCUCUGAUCCGAAAUUGAUAAAACUAGGUGAUGGUGUCCACCUAGGUGACUUCAGCAGGAUUAUAACCGGUUUCUAUUCCUCGAGUGGAUUCACAAGUGGGGUAGUUGAGGUACAAGACAAUUCAGUUGUUGGGAGCCAAAGUGUUGUUCUCCCAAAGUCACUUGUCCAAAAGGAUGUUAUUCUUGGUGCACUUUCAGUUGCUCCAAUGAAUUCCAUUCUACAUAGCGGUGGCAUUUAUGUUGGAUCUCAAGUUCCUGUCAUGAUAAAGAACACACAACAUUCUAUGGAUGAGAGGAUAGAAGAGAUGGAUACAAAGUACAAGAAGAUAGUUGGAAAUCUAGCUGCAAAUUUGGCUGCAACCACUCUCAAGGUCAAAACAAGAUACUUUCAUAGAAUUGGUGUUAGUGGAAAGGGAGUGCUUAAGAUGUAUGAUAACAUUAAAGGAUUUCCAGAACACAAAAUCUUCCAAUCGGGCAAACGCUUUCCAGUAAUAGUCAGGCACAGCAACAGUCUGAGUGCCGAUGAUGAUGCAAGGCUCGAUGCUCGUGGUGCUGCUUUGAGAAUACUCUCUGAUACCACUUCAGAUGAUGAAAAACCAAUUCUAGACUUGACACUGAAGACAGGGAAAGCAUUUUAUGCUCGGACUAUUUCUGAUUUUGCGACAUGGCUUGUUUGUGGCUUAGCUGCAAGGGAAGAGCAUGUGAAACGCGUUCCACACGUGCGUGAUGCAGUAUGGACAUCACUACGUGAUUCGAACUCAUUUACUGAGAUGCAUUAUUACUCAAAUAUAUGCAGGCUUUUCAGGUUCAAAGAUGGACAAGAAAUGUAUGUGAAGUUCAAGUUGAGGCCAUGUGACGAAAACAUUAGUGAAGAUUCUGGUAAAGUUGAGCCUAUUGGAAUACUUCCUCCAGAAACAGGUGCAAUUCCAAGGAGAGAUAACGACACACGCCCGUUACUUUUCCUUGCUGAUGAUUUCCAGAAGCGCGUAAGCUCGUCAGGUGGCGUUUGCUACAUUUUCCAACUCCAAUUCAGGCCAGUGCCUAAGGAUGAAGCAACACAAGAUAUUGCACUUGACUGCACUAGACCAUGGGAUGAAGCUGAAUUCCCAUAUGUUGAUGUUGGAGAAAUCAUUGUUGAUCAGAACCUUACCAAGGAACAAUCAGAGAAGCUGGAAUUCAACCCUUUCCUCCGAUGCCACGAGGUUGAUGUUAUCAAAGCAACAUCAGCCUCUCAAAGUGCUUCAAUCGAUCACGGUCGUUCAUUGAUCUAUGAAAUUUGCCAACAUUUGAGAAAUGGAGAACCACUUCCAGAAGCUUGGAAGAAUUUCAUAGAACAAUCUGAUGUGAAAGUUGAUCUUUCUGGUUGUCCAAUUGCAUCUUCACUACAAGUAAAACAAGAAACUAGACAUGAAAUAGCUCUAUCAAGAGCAUGGUAUCAAACUUCUUGGUCUACUUUUGCUCAGCCACUAUUCCAAACAUUCUUGCCAUACUUUUUCUUGGCAUAUUCAAUUCAUGGUCCUCUACAUUGGUUGCUGGUUUUAAAGCAAACUACAACUCAACCACUAUACUGGUUUUUUCCUUUCUUUUGGAUAUCUUCAGGGCUAAUAGCAGCAUUGGUUUGUGUAUUGGCAAAAGCUGUUUUCACAACAAGAAAGAAAGAUGGAGGAAAAGCACACAUAUGGAGCAUAGGACUUUUGUUAGAAACAAUAUGGCAAGCAUUUAGGACAUUAGUUAGUGACUAUUUCAUGGAAAUGACAACAGGAUCAUUCUUGUUUGUUAUUUGGAUGAAACUAAUGGGAUCAGAAGUUGAAUUAAGUCAAGGGGUUUAUGUAGAUAGCGUGGGAACUUUAUUGAAUCCUGAAAUGGUGGAAAUUGAAAGAGGUGGAUGUGUAGGCAAAGAAGCAUUGUUAUUUGGACAUAUAUAUGAAGGUGAAGGAGUAGUGAAAUUUGGAAAAGUUAGAAUAGGAGAAGGAAGUUUUGUGGGGAGUAGAGCUGUGGCAAUGCCUGGAGUUGUAGUAGAAAGUGGUUGUAGUUUAAAUGCACUUUCACUUGCCAUGAAAGAAGAAAUUGUUAAGUCAAGGUAAAGUGGUUGCCUCUCUACUCACUCGGGUAGGGGUAACGUCUCCAUAUACACUACCCUCUCCAGAACCAUAUUUGGAAUUUUACUGGAUCAGUUGUUGUUGUAAGGUAAAAUGGUUGUUGGCUUUUGUCAUUUUUUCAAAAGAAUAUGAUAAGCUAACAAUCCUUGUGUAUGAGUUUAUUGUGUUAUGUUUCAUGGCUGGUUUAGUGAAU